CUCUAGUCAAUGGACUCUAUUGAUUGGUCGACAGGGAGAUGUAAAAAAUGGCUGCCUUGCCUUCUCCUACUCAGGUGGCAGGGACCCACAGUUCUAUAUACGAGGCCUAUUAUCAUCAAGUGGAUCCCAAUGGCACAGGAGCGAUACAAGCGCUGGAUGCAGCUCGAUUCCUCAAGAAGUCACGUCUUAGCGAUGUGGUCCUCAGCAAGAUAUGGGAUCUCUCUGAUCCCACCGGCAAAGGGUAUUUGGAUAAGGCAGGCUUGUUCGUAGCGUUGAAGCUGGUUGCGCUGGCGCAAGCCGGCAAGGACAUAAACAUGAGCAACAUUCACUCGGAGACGCCGCCGCCUAAAGUUGGCGAGCUACCGAAAGUGCCGCCGGCGAGCGUGAGCCCGAUGCCCGCGCUCGCGCCGCUCAGCGACUGGAGCGUGAAGCCGGCGGAGCGGGAGAAGUACAGCCAGCUGUUUGAUUCGUUGCAGCCGAGUAAUGGACUGAUUCCUGGGAAUAAGGUGAAAGGAGUGCUAAUGGAGUCGAAGCUGCCGCUGGAGACGCUCGGCAAGAUCUGGGACCUCGCAGACCAGGACAAGGACGGGAUGCUCGAUAGACAUGAAUUUAUUGUGGCGAUGCACCUAGUAUACAAAGCGCUCGAGAAGCACGCCGUGCCCACGAGCCUGCCCCCCGAGCUACGAGCCCGUCCCCCCCGCCCCCCGUCACGGCCCCCGUCGCGCCCCCCCUCCCGCCCCCCCUCGCCCCAACCGCGCCCGCCCCGCCCACACCCCCCCGCACCCGCUAUGAGUACGAAUCUGUUGGAUGGACUACUGGAUUUGUCUAGUCCGCCAUCGUCCACCCCCUCCCCAGCACCCACCAACCAAUGGAUAACCCCCGCGGAGCGCGCCAAGUACGACGCGCAGUUCACCGCAGCGGACACGGACCGGGACGGGUUCGUGUCCGGUAUGGAGAUACGCCACGUGUUCUUGGACACGGGCCUGCCGCAGACCACGCUAGCGCAUAUAUGGGCGCUGUGCGACACGAGGAGCACGGGCAAGCUGUCGCGCGCGCAGUUCGCAGCGGCCAUGUGCCUGGUGGCGCGGGCGCUGCGCGGGCAGCCGCCGCCCGCCGCGCUGCCGCACGAGCUGCUCCACGCGCCCGAGCAGCCCGCACCCGCUGCUCCGCUCGCCCAACCGCCACCACAACCGGAACCGAUAUCCCUCGGGCCUCAACCGACACCGGAAAUGGAAGCGAUCGCGCGGGAAGUGGAAUCGUUAGCGCGGGAACGGCUUGCAUUGGAGACGGAAGUGGCCAGUCGGCAGCGGGAGCUCGACACCAAGACAGGCGAGGCAAAUAGCUUGCAGAGUGAAUUGGACACAUUAACGGCCACAUUAAAACAGUUAGAAAACCAAAAAGGGGAGGCGCAAAAGAGGUUGAACGAUUUGAAAUCACAAGUGGAGAAACUCCGCAGCCAAGUGUCCGCACAGGAAGCGGCAGCCGCUGAAACGGAAGCGGAAGUGGCCGCACGGCGCGCUGCCGCCAACACGCUGAAAGAGCGCGAGCGGAGUCUGCAGGAGGAGGCGAAGGCCGCUAAUGAGGAGGGCGAAGCCCUAGCUGCUCAGCUGGCACGCACCGUGCUGGCUGUUAGCCAGAUGAACAUAAAGCUGAGCCACCUGGAGGACCAGCACCGCUCGCUGACGGCGGCGCUGCAGGCGCUGGAGGCGGGUGGAGCCGGUGCUGCGGCAGUGCUGAACCUGCAGCCGCAGUUCUCGCGCCAGUACCUGCAGCAGCUGGUGCGCGGCGACGAGGACGAGGACGAAUUCUCGAAAGCGGACUUCAGUACAAUGAACGGCACGGCGAGCUUCGGCUCGGACCCGUUCAAGGACUCGGCCUUCGCCCCCGCGGCCGCCGCCAACGACCCCUUCGUCCCCGCUGGGGCUAAACCUGUGCAGGACGGUUUCGGCAGCGACCCGUUCUCGUCGAACGCAGAUCCGUUCGCCGGUGACUCUUUCGCUGACAACACGCAGAAACAGAGCGACGAUGUGAGUUAUAAUCAUAGAAUUAACGAAAAUACAUUUAUUUGUGGUCACAUCAUACGUGAUCGUAUCACACGUGGUCACAUCACUCGUGGUCAAAUCACACUUGAUUACAUUACUUCAAACGGCGCGUGGGAAUCCGAUCCGUUCGCUGUGCUCCACGCACCAACGCGCAACGCCAGCAACCCGGGCAACAUCAGCAACGUGACCAACAUGAGCAACAACAGCAACAUGAGCAACAGCAACAACAGCAACAUGGGCAACAACAGCAACACGGGCAACAGCAACAAGCGACACAAGACCCCCCCGCCCCGGCCCGCGCCGCCGCGCCCCAACCCGCCGAAUAAGACCGACCGCAAACCGCUCGACUUCACGGAGGACCCCUUCAAAGACUACAGAUACGAAGAUCCGUUCAAUAUAGAGGACCCGUUCGCUGACGUCACGGAUUCCAAGCGCGAUCCCUUCGCCCGGUCUACAUCGGUGGCUGGUUUUGAAAAAGAUGACUUCUUCUCCCCGUCUUCCAACUUAAAUGGAACGUUCUCGAAGCCGGAACGUAUCAGCGGCCGAGUUUCAGCACCCCCCGUCGCCUACGAUCCCUUUACUAAGGCGACAAAUAACAACGACUCGUGGGCCGCCUGGCCCAACGAUAACUGGCUGCCAGACGACGCCUGGAAUAAACCGAGCCAGUCCAAACCAGAUGCUUGGGCCACAGACACUAAAAACAUAGACUCGAAAACAGACAAUUGGGCGAACAAAACUACAGACAACUGGGCGAGCAAAACUGACAACUGGGCGACGGAAUGGGGCACAGAUACGAACAAAAACCUCAAUGAAACGUGGCCGACCAACACGCUGCCCAUUAAGAAGGAAAAGUCGCCGAAACCGGUGAAAUACGCCAAGUCCCUCGUACACACGAUAGGCGGGAUCGGGCGGACGAAGCAAAAAGAUAAGAAGAAAUCGAAUGAAGCUCGAAGCGUUGAGUUCCUACCGUCUGAAGAACAGCAAUGGGCCUGGGCAGCCGCUGAAUCUAAACGGCUCGAAAACGAAGCAGAAGCUAGAAGACGGCAAGAGGAAGCCGAGUUACAGCUGGCUCUAGCUCUUUCCAAACAAGAGAAGUGACCCUCGAGAUGGGCCCGCGGCAAAUGGUCUGGCUGGCUCUAGGGGAUACCGGGCGAACACAGCAAAACUAGUUCUCUCGAGUUCUUGCGGUGUCGUGUCUUGCCUCAGAGGGACCCUAACGAAUUUCUCAUUUUGUUCGACGCAAUGUCGGAUCGAUCAUUCCAGAGUAUUGGCUUUAGCUGUAGGAUUACCACUAGUCAUAUCCCUAAAUUUGUCUCUGGGCGUCUUUGGCAGUGUGCAUUUAUUUACUGUCGAGUUAAUAUAUAGGCGGGAUUAAAAAUUUCUGCUUAAGGCCUAAUCGUUUAUGUACAAUCCAUGUAGCUAGUGUGAAAUAUCCGAUUAAUAAUAUUGUUUUACGCGUCGGUCGUAUGUGUCGAUGUUUAUUUAUUGAUAUUAUAUUAUUACCGUUAUGUUAGGUAGCUAUUUUGUGGAGGUGUUACUGAUGAACGAAUGCAUAGAUAGAUUAUACAAAUCAUAAAUUAAUUUCUACUUAUUAGAAAAAACAUUGCAUUUUAAACCCAAUAACGUUGGAUUUGACUCAAGUUAUAUAUGCAUUCGUUCAAUAGUGAUUCACUCUCCGCUAGUUUUAAUUAUUAUUAAUUAUUUUGUAUAUAAAGAAUAUUAUUUGUAUAAAUUCAGUUUAGAUUGCCGUGUAGUUUUUCAUGCAAUAGAACACUCCAGAUGUUUGUCAGUUUUUUCAUUCAAUAUAAUAUAGUAUAAUCUGUUAGCUGUUAUUAUGAAAAACUAUACGGCGUGUGAAUAAUUGCAUUUUAUUGUAUGAUUGUUGAUUUAUUUUUAAAUGUGUGAUGUUGAAUAUUAUUUUAUCGUAUCAUUUUUUAAGUAAUUUGAUAAUUUUUAAAAAUAAUAACGUGCAAAAGUUGCUUGUUAACAAGGUGCAAAAAAGUUGUACUUCUAUUGCAAGUUUUGAUAGUCCAAAUUCAAUUUUAUUUCGUUUAUAUAAGUGUUAUUUUUCAAUGAAUACGAGAUUGCGUUUUGUAAUUUAUCAAUUUUAA